AAGUACGUAUAAAUAAUCAAUCGAUUGAUGUGAUGAUGCCUGCCUGGGACUGAGAUUUUUAAGAUUAUUGUGUUUUCGUGCUGUUUUCUUAUAAAUUUCAAUAUUUAAUAAUAAUCAACAGAAUGCUUGCAGCUAAUAAUCGUGAAUAUAUGUGUAUAUACAUUUUAGAAUAGUUUUGUUAAGCCUUGUGCAACUCAGUAGUUGACAUGGCUUCAACGAGCAGCCAGACUCAGAGUAAUGUUUAUUAUGAAGAUAUUCCGCCUGGCACUCUAAAUGAAGAGGAAUUCAUUUGCACGGAACGCAUUGUGCCUAGGAAAAUAAAACCCCAAAACAUUGUUGUAAGAUUGAUGGAGAGAGAAAUAUAUGGGUCUAAAAAACCAGGGUCCCAUUUUCAUGUUGUUAGAGAAUUCUAUCAAAAUAUUUUCCCCAAUUUGACUAUAGUGAAUGUUGAAAAACCACCAUGCUUUCUAAGGAAAUUCAGUCCAGAUGGAAAACACUUUAUUGCCUUUUCUGCAGACCAGACUUCAUUGGAGAUAUAUGAAUAUAGAGGAGCUGCGGCGGCCGGGGACCUGGUGGCUGGUUAUCCUUCAGAUUUAUUGAAUGCAGAUGCUGACAUACACUAUCGGAUUCGAACUCAUAUUUUCUAUAGGUUUUUCAAACCAAAAUUCACAGUAAAUGUUUGUCAGCAAAGAGAAGUGCCAAGAAAUGAACGAAACUCCAAUCAAAUGCCAUUCAUGGAGCAACAACUCAACCGAGAGUGCAGCUUGUUCACUGAAGACGGUCGCUAUGUGAUUGUUGGCUCAGCUGCUCACAUUCCAGAUGAUCUGCGACCUCAUUUCUAUCACAUACACAGCAACAAUGAAGCUGUUACUCCAACAAUGAGGUCUGCUUUAGAAGACUACUCCCUCCAUCUAGUGGACUUGCACCAUGGCAAGUUAUGUGACACUAAACAUUUUAGAAUUGAUAAAAUCUACCUCUCUCAUAACCAAGGCAUCUAUCUAUACAAGGAGGUUCUAGCAGUAUUGUCGGUCCAACAUCAAACUAUACAUUUAUUCCAAAUUGUUGAUGGAAUGUUGAUUGAAAUGAGGAAAAUAGGGAGGUUCUGUUACGACGACGACCCUUUUAUUGUCAGCUCAGUGUUUGCGCCGCUACUACACGAGAGACCUUUUCAUGAAGAGACAAUAAAUAGUUUGAAACAUAGAUUGCUCGUCUUCUUAUUUAAAAGAGCAAAAACCAUCAGUGACGAUAGCAAAGAUCCGCUAGAGCUAAGGAAAUUUUAUAAAUAUUUUGAUAUGUUCAGGAGUCUAAGGAUGUGGAAAAUGCAGCUACUUGAUGAAGAUCAUCUUUUCAUAAAAUAUGCAAGUGAAGAAGUAGUCACUUUGAGAGUGGCGGAACCAAAUAGUCAAUCAUCCUUUUUUGUGAUAUACAAUAUAAGUGAGAGCAAAAUCUUGGAAGUAUAUGAAAAUACAUCAGAAGGAUUGUUACAACUGUUUGAAAAUUACUGCGACUGCUUCAGAAACGCCAGACUGUGCGCCGACUCCCAGUUCACGUGUUCGCCGUCCAACAACCUGUACGCGCGCAUGACGCAGCAGCGCUUCAAGCAGACCAUCGUGAGAGCCAUCUACGGCGGUCGCACUGAAGCUACCAAGAGAAUACUGGCACAGCUUCCUAUUAGCGCACAAUCUUAUAGUGGCUCUCCAUAUUUAGACUUGGGCCUUUUUAGUUAUGACGAUAAAUGGGUUUCUGUUAUGGAGAGACCUAAAGCUUACGGCGAAUAUCCUAUAAGGUUCUACGCGCGGGACUCCGGUCUGCUGAAGUUCAAGAUCUACGCGGGCGUGCUGGGGCAGUCGGUGCCGGCCAGCGCCCGGCGGCUGGUGGCCUUCACUUUCCACCCCACAGACCCCUUCGCCAUCAGCGUGCAGCGCACCAACGCAGAGUACAUCGUCAACUUCCACAUUCGGAACGCUGUCUACAGUUGAUGUUCAUAUUUUGUGUGUUUCAAAAGAGUACCGUUAAACUGCAGAAAGUUGCAUAGUGAAUCUUUAGUUUCAAAAGAAAGAUUCAGAUUAUGUGAUGCAGCAGCAAUGAUUCACAGUGGCGGCAACACAUAGAUCGCGACAGAGAAGCGGCGAAAUAGUAGAUCUCCUGGUGCCAAUCCAAAGUUGGAAUAAGAACUUUCAAAGUGAUUUAAAUUGAUUAUAAAAAAGUGAAUAGACAAGAUUGCAACUCUUAAUAAUGUAAAUAAAAAAACAAAUAGUAAAUAUAGUAAUUAAAUUCUGACGGCUUAUACAAAGUGUAAAUAUAUAUUUCUUUAAUAAGGUAACUAAAAACACAAAAAAGGAUAUGUCUAUGAGCUGUCAAAAAGAACUAGAUCUUGAAACUGUUAGGAUUCAUUACAUUAAUGAAUACUACGAGUACUUAGUUUCAAAUUAUGCUGUAUCAGUUGCAUUGGUCAAUACUUGUAGUAAAUAAAUUGAGAACGUGUACAUAUUUUUUGCGCGUUUUGAUGAGAGUGGGAUUCAAAUAAUAUGGUGCCAAUUUCUACUGUUGUUGUUCAAAUUUAAUUUGUAUAUAAUAAUAUAAGUUGCUACUGUAUAGUAUAUUUACUGAUGUAUAUUUUGACAGAUUGUAUUUUAUAUGUAAGCCCCGUGGAAGUCGUAUGUUAUUACUUCCACAGGGAGCCCAGAUAGAGACAAUAAGUUGAGAAAUAAAACUGGUAAUUGUCAAA